AUGUCUUCCCAGACGGUUGCAGCUUCGCCUACACCCUCAUCACUACCAACAACUACCGUUUCUAGUAGUGUGGUUGCCAUUCCGUUUAGCACAGUAAAGACUUCACCUUCGGUUCUCGCGACCAUAAGCGCGUCUCAAAAUGAGGACGCGACUCCAUCUACCACUGCCCAGGCAACAUCCUCACAAACAAUACCAGCGUCACCCUCGUUUGCGACAACUCCAAGUGUUUUCCGUAGUAUGAAUGCAUCCCCAUCCAGUACUGUUGUGGCGUCACCAUCAGCUCUCCCGGCUAUCAGUGCUUCUCACAGUUACCGCCCAGGCAACAUCAUCACAAACAAUACCGGCGUCACCCUCGUUUGCGACAACUCCAAGUGUUUCCCGUAG